AUGUUCCGUUUCUCCAAAACCCUCGACCCCAUCACCCUCUUCCACAGCCCGACGCUGGCUUCCUCGGCGCGCGUCCUCAACAUCCUCAAGCAAGCAUCGACCGUCGCAUCGGAAACAGCCACAGAAGACCAAGCGAGCGACUACACCUCGCACGCGAAGAAGCAGCGCGGCGAGUUCCAGCUCGAAGUCACCGAUGCGUUUCCCACCACUGACCAGUUGAGGAAUAUUCUCGAUUAUGUGGGGAAUACGGGCGUGGGAGGAAAGGCGGAUGCGGUGAUUAAGGGGGCGAAGAAUGCCGAGGAUGCGAUUAAGAGGUUUAAGGAGAAUGAGGGGCUUUUUGUGAGGCCUGUGACUGUCGACUGGACGAAUGGAAAGGCGGUUGUUGGAGAUAAUGAGUCGGAGAUUCUCAAGAUGGUUCGUCAGUUGGAAGAGAACUAA